UAAAAUUCAAACAGAAAUAACGGCUAUAACGUAUCUGCUUAUGAGUUGCUCAGUCGCAAUGAGUGGAAAUAGCUUAAGUGGUCCUGAAAAAACACGCUUUCCAGGCCUUAAAUAUCUCGUAAAAGGAAGACAAUUAGAGUGUGUUGAAGGGAACGAAAAUGAGGAGAAAAACGAAGCUGAAGGCGAAACCUACCGCUGGAUCUUGAACCCAAGGAGUUACUUCAGGCAUUACUAUCUUGUGUUUAUGGUGGUCCUAACAUUCGUGAACCUUAUAACAAUUCCUCUAGACAUGGCAUUUUCUGAAGAUAUGCAUGAUAGUGCCCACAAAUACUGGGUGGCCUUCAAUGUAUUCUCAGAUGUCAUGUUUUGUAUUGAUGUUGGCUUUAAUUUUCGAACUGGUAUUUUCAAUGAAGACGGUCAGGCCAUCCUUGAUCCAAAACUAAUAAGAAAGGAUUAUUUCCGGUCUUGGUUUAUUCCUGAUAUGGUGGCUGCAUUUCCGGUCGACAUUAUCAUUAUUAUUGUGGAGCAUGUUUAUGAAGCUGACACUAUUUCACUGGUGGCUUCGAAGAUGGUGCGGAUACUUAUGUUUGUGAGGGUUCUCAGUCUGAUCCGUUUACUCCGUGUGCCAAAGCUUCUGAGAUUCUGCUUUGAAUUGGAAGAUGUCUCCGAUAUACAGCUCGAAGUAGUCAGGAAGUCAUUCAGGGUUUUCUUUGUUUUCCUGAUGAUGGUCCUCAUUUGGCACUGGAACACUUGUGUUCAGUACUUCCUAUCUGUAAUGGAAGAGUUUCCCCUAGACUGCUGGGUUGUACAAGAGAAAAUUGUGAAUAAAUCGAUCGGGGAAAAAUACUCCUAUGCUUCCUUCAGAGCUUUCUCUCAAAUGGCCUGGAGAUCAACUGAAUCAAUUUACACACCAAGACGUGUGGAUGAACGGUGGAUAGCUCUUGUUAGUAUGGUGACUGGAUAUAUAAUGUGUUUUGCAUUUAUUUCUUGCUUGAUCAGUGCAAUUGGAUGCAUGUCUGUGACUGGCAAUGCAUACAAGAUAAAGAUGAACCAGCUACAAUCCUCCCCAAUGUUCCAAAAGCUUCCCAGAAUGUUGCGCCAACGUACCACUGCCCAGUACAAGUGGCAGUGGAAUAAGGAGAACAUCCUUGACUUGUUGUCAAAACGCCUCAGAAAGGAUGUUAUGGAGGAAAUGUGUUUCAACCUGCUGAACAAAGGCUCCAUGUUUAUGAAGCUUAACAGUGAAUUCACAGAAGCCAUCUUGAUAAAGUUGGAGAAUGAGUUCUUCAAUACAGGUGACAUCAUCAUUCAUCAGAAUGCUGCAGCUGACCACAUGUUCUUCAUUGACUAUGGACGGGUGCUGGUGAAGAACGAAUCUUUCAGCAUGGAGCUGUGUGAUGGAGAUCACUUUGGAGAGAUCAGCUUCCUAUUUGGUGGAAGGCAGUUGGCUACGGUUUCUGCUCUGACCACCUGCAGCCUUUUCUCCCUGUCAUUAGAAGAUUUUCAGGAGAUUGAGAAAGAGUUCCCACAUGUUGUGAACGAACUGAGGGCAGCAGCUCAACAGCUUAAAAAUGAUCUAGAAAGUGGUGGGCUGUGUCUCCAAGUUACAUCAACUUCGAGCAGUGUGUGAGAAGACAGACUAACGUGUAGUGUUUUAGCUUUUCAUUUAAUAUCUUGAAUAAGAUUAUUUUAUUUAAAAAAAAUUCAAACUUGGUGUUUAUAGUUUUAGAUGUUUAAGGUGCUGCAAUUAAUAAUUUUAUUUGAAUAAUUAUUAAUUUACUUGACAAAACGUAUAUCAAUGCAAUUUUCAAUACAAUAAAGUAUAUGUAUAAAGUUA